AGUAACUGGGAGGGAGAGGACGGGAGCAGCCCGCCGGAUCUAUUUGCGUGGAGCGGCGGCGUGGGACCGGGCUGGGAUCGAGACAGAAGGAUAGGAGCCCUUGGGGAGGACGGAAGGGGAUCGGAAUGGGGUAGUAAAGGAAGAAAAAGAAGAGAGAGAGAGAGAGACUUGUCCAAGGCGGCUAGUGAUGGCUCUGCUUUGCGAGUUCCCCUGGUGUCUCCCUCUGCUCCAGGAGAGGGCGAGAAGCCCCGGCCCGGCGGGCACCGGCUGAGAUACCACGUGGUGAGUGAGUGACUUCUAGCCAGCCAUGGUUUCCUCUUCUUAGGACGUCCUCCAGUAGCAGGCGGCAAAAGUGCAACGGCGCUCCUCCUUAUGGCUGUUGUUGUUUUAUGAUUGUGGCGUAAGUAGGUGCUAGAGCGUGGCGCCAAAAGUUUGCCAGGCGAGAAGGGAAGCCGCAGGAGGAGGAUUCGUGGAAGCCGAGGAGGAACCAUGUCCGCUGCUUCAGCCACCGCCGCCGCCACCACCACCACCACGAGUUUGGACUUCGCUGUAGUGGAAAGUUUCCUCGACAGACACCCGGAGCUGGUGGAGAAGUGGCUGAAGAGGAAGAGCUCUCCCCUCAGCAAAGAAGCGGCUGCCGGCUCUGGCGGGGCAGAAGAGCGGCAGAGCGGCAGCAGCUCGCCGCUGGCCAGCAGCUCCCGCUUCAGCUGGGGCAGCCAAGCGAGCGCUGAGACUGCGGCCGGCGGGCUGCAGCGUCGGGCGUCGCAGAAAGAGCUGAGGAAAAGUUUCGCGCGCUCCAAGGCCAUCCACGUGAACCUGACCUAUGACGAGCACAUCCAUGCCCGGGCGCAGGAGCCGCUGAGCAGCGUGAGGAGGAGGGCGCUGCUGAGGAAAGCCAGCUCCCUGCCGCCCACCACGGCCCACAUCCUGAGCGCUUUGCUGGAGUCCCGCGUGAACCUGCCCCAGUACCCUCCCACCGCCCUGGACUACAAGCGCCACCUCAGGGAGCACAACGAGCGGCAGUUCUUCCUGGAGCUCGUCAAGGACAUCUCCAACGACCUGGACCUCAGCACCCUCAGUUACAAGAUCCUCAUCUUCGUCUGCCUCAUGGUGGACGCCGACAGGGGCUCCCUCUUCUUGGUGGAAGGCGCCGCCGCCGCUGGCAAGAAGAGCCUCGUCUCCAAGGUCUUCGACGUGCACGCCGGCACCCCUCUGCUGCCUUGCUACUGCACCGAGAACUCCAACGAGGUGCAGGUGCCCUGGGGCAAAGGGAUCAUCGGCUAUGUGGCGGAGCACGGCGAGACUGUCAACAUCCCCGACGCCUACCAGGACCGCCGCUUUAAUGAUGAGAUUGACAAACUGACAGGAUACAAGACCAAGUCACUUCUGUGUAUGCCCAUAAGAAACAGCGAGGGUGAGAUUAUUGGUGUAGCCCAAGCGAUAAAUAAAACUCCUGGAGGCGCUCCUUUCACCGACGAUGAUGAAAAAGUCAUGGAAAUGUAUCUUCCCUUCUGUGGAAUUGCCAUAUCUAAUGCUCAGCUGUUUGCUGCUUCCAGGAAGGAAUACGAUAGAAGCAGAGCCUUGCUGGAGGUAGUUAAUGAUCUCUUUGAAGAACAGACAGAUUUAGAGAAAAUUGUGAAGAAAAUUAUGCACCGUGCCCAGACUCUACUGAAGUGUGAACGUUGCUCAGUAUUGCUUCUUGAAGACAUUGACUCUCCAGUGGUAAAAUUUACCAAAUCAUUCGAGUUGAUGUCUCCAAAAUGCAGUGCAGAUACCGAGAAUAGUUUCAAAGACAGUAUGGAGAAACCUUCCUCAUCUUAUUCAGACUGGCUAGUGAAUAAUAGUAUUGCUGAACUCGUAGCUUCCACGGGCCUCCCUGUGAACAUCAGUGAUGCAUAUCAGGAUCCUCGCUUUGAUGUAGAAGCUGACCAGAUUUCUGGCUUCCAUAUAAGAUCUGUUCUCUGUGUGCCUAUAUGGAAUAGCAGUCACCAAAUAAUUGGGGUAGCUCAAGUGUUGAACAGGCUUGAUGGAAAACCUUUUGAUGAUGCUGAUCAGCGACUCUUUGAGGCUUUUGUUAUAUUUUGUGGUUUGGGCAUCAACAACACCAUAAUGUAUGACCAAGUGAAGAAAUCCUGGGCAAAGCAAUCUGUGGCUCUUGAUGUACUGUCUUACCAUGCCACAUGUUCGAAGGCAGAAGUUGACAAAUUUAAGGCAGCAAACAUUCCACUUGUGUCAGAGCUUGGCAUAGACAACAUCCAUUUUGAUGACUUCUCCCUUGAUGUGGAUGCCAUGAUAACUGCAGCCCUCCGGAUGUUCAUGGAGCUUGGAAUGGUGCAGAAAUUUAAAAUUGACUACGAGACAUUGUGUAGGUGGCUUUUGACAGUGAGGAAGAAUUAUCGCAUGGUUCUGUAUCACAACUGGAGGCACGCUUUCAACGUGUGCCAGCUAAUGUUUGCGCAGUUAACUACAGCAGGAUUCCAGGAGAUACUGACGGAAAUUGAAAUUUUAGCUUUGAUUGUGGGAUGUUUAUGCCAUGACCUUGACCACAGAGGAACCAACAAUGCCUUCCAAGCCAAGAGCGGAUCUGCUUUGGCUCAGCUCUAUGGGACUUCUGCUACCCUGGAGCACCAUCAUUUUAACCAUGCUGUCAUGAUUCUUCAAAGUGAGGGUCACAACAUCUUUGCUAACUUGUCCUCCAAGGAUUACAGUGACCUUAUGCAGCUUCUGAAGAAGUCGAUAUUGGCAACAGACCUCACUCUCUAUUUUGAGAAGAGGUCUGAGUUUUUUGAACUUGUCAACAAAGGUGACUACAAUUGGAAUGUUACGUGUCAGCGAGAGAUAUUCCGAUCAAUGCUAAUGACAGCCUGUGACCUUGGAGCUGCAACCAAACCGUGGGAGAUUUCAAGACAGGUAGCUGAACUGGUAACGAGUGAAUUCUUUGAACAAGGGGACAGAGAGAGAUCUGAGCUCAAACUCACACCUUCUGCUAUUUUUGAUCGGAACAGGAAAGAUGAACUGCCUCGAUUGCAGCUGGAAUGGAUUGAUAGCAUCUGCCUGCCUCUCUAUCAGGCUUUAGUGAAAGUGAAUGGAAAGCUGAAGCCCAUGCUGGAUUCAGUGGUGGCCAAUAAGAAAAAAUGGGAGGAACUGCACCAAGGAAGACUGCUCUCCCAGGCAGCAGCAGCAACCACAUUGUCCUCCUCGUCCGCCUCUUCCAACUCUGCCAUGUCUCUGGAGGACAUAAAUUAAGCCUGCAAAUGUUUGCCGCUGUUAGAAUAAGAAGCAAAGCAUCUGAAAGGCUGGCUGAAGCGAAGCUAGCCUCAGCAUCUUUUUCGUUAACAAAAUGCAAUCACAGACUCGCUUAAUGUGAACAAAUAUGAUCUGGCUGGCCACGGUUUAGCUUUUCCCCGGAAGCUUCCUUGGUUCUGAAGGAAGGAUCUGCAAUGAGAUUGCGCUGGUAGUACCGGCAGUCACCCAAAAGACUUGGCGCAGUCUGCAUUGGGUCAGCUGCACUACAGUUCAGCUGCUGCUAUGAAACUGGCAGAACAUGGUCACAAAGGAUUGCCGUAACAGGAGCUUACCACUUGGGGAAAUUAGUAAACGAGAGCAUGGCUGAAAUUUAAGAAAUGACCGAGGCAUCUGCAAGGGGCUGCUGGAGAAUGGUUUUGCUAUAAUAACCUGAGUUUGCACCUCUCUAGCAUUUGCUAAUAUGAACCAGUUCUACCUGCGUUUGUGAUGUUUAUCCUUUUACUCCUUCCUUUUAUUAUGCUUGAAUAUUCAGAGGAGCCUGCUAUAUAUUCUACAGAAGUAUUUUUUUUUCUUUUUACAACAAAGCUUCAUAUGAUUGAUCAGGGCUUUUAGAAUUGCCUAUCUUUGCUACAUUUAAGGGGAACAUGAACUUUAUUACAUUUAAAAACACCAACCUGUUCUGGCUUCCUUAAGAUUUUCAUAUUAGCAAUGCAAUUGAAUUGCUCUGCAGGCGGAUGUUUAUAUAAAGGUAACAUUUCUGCAUGGUAAUUUGGGUUCUUUUAGAAUUUUCUUUUAAAUAUUCAUUUUAAAGCUGCUUUGCGCCCCUAAGAAAAGAACCCAUGGCAUUUCAUGAAUAUUGCAUAAUAAAAAUGAAAUCUGUUGCCUUCUGGUAGAGAAUUUGCACUAUAGGUAUGGCUAUGGCUUUCUGGAGAUAUUUUCUGAAUCACAUUAAGUCUGAUAAUUACCGUUAAGAAUUGGUGUGGCAUUGGUGUAUGUCACAAAAGGAGCAAUGACUACCUCUGCUUUUUUGGCCAGCUUUUUUUUUUUUAACAGUAACUUGUCAGUCUAAUACACUGUUGCAGCUAACAGAAAUCCAGUUGAAGAUUGCAUGUGCAGAGAUACGGUGAGAGUUUCUCGUGCGUGUGUGUGUGUGUGCAACAUUUGACUCAUGUUUGAGAGACACAGGAGUGAAAUAUAUCCAUGGGCACAUCUACACUGAAGCUGAGCUCACUCCUAUUUAUUUAUUCACUCCCCCCCACCCCCCAUUAUUUCAGUGCCAGCAUGACAAGCGACUGGUCCUUUGCUCCCAAAUUAGAUUUGGAAUUACACACGAUGCCCAGUUCAGUUCACACAACCAAUGUUGUGUGAGAGUCUGUGGAUCAAGGGUUCACCACAUGGAGCAUUGGCCAUGUGGUUGCCUCACCACCUGCCAAGGCCACCACAACUCAGCCAACAUGUAUGGUGCCAUUUUGUGAGCUCCUGGGCGCAUGUUACAGAAACCAUGAGGCUGCCUCCUCAGGCACCACAUUCUAUACAAAUCCAAAUACCUUCCAUGUUUAACAUGCCAACUUGACGUGGAUUGAGAAGGAGCUGAGAUUACUCUGGAGCUGAGAUUUGAAUGAUGGCUGCAAACGAGCCAUCAUGCUGAUGGGCACAGUGCAUGUGAGGGAAGGGCUGAUCCCUGCAGGAGUGCAGUACAUGCCUGGGUGGGCUGAGACACGCUGCAUCUAUCUAUGAACUCCCUGCCUGGCUAGUUUGGUAGAUCAGCCAGCAGCAUGGAGGGCGGAGGGCAGGGUUUGCUGCCGUAUGCCCAGCUGUAGUACUUUACUUUUCCCCACUGGAAAAAAUGGUGUCUACUUAUUUAUGCAUGAAAAACUAAAGAGGCCCACUCAGGGACAUCAUUGGGGUAGGGGCUAGCCUGUUCCCUGCUCCUGGCAACUUUUGCCAUUGAGAAUCAAGCCUGCUCCUGUUUCUGUACCCCUGCCUCUUUGCCUGCAUACUUUCACCCUGGGUUUUGUUUCUUGGACAUGCCAAGAGUGUGACAGAAUGUUGAGAACUGGUUUUUAGUACGAUCCUGUUGAUGGGGCUGAAUUUGCACACCCAUGCACACUGCAAUCUUUUUUAAAAAGCGUUUAUAAUUCUGCCAACCAUUCUCUGUGAUCUGCAAAGGAAAAUGACAAAGGCAAUAGCCCUGGCUUCAGGUUCACAGGAGUUGCAUCAAAACACUGUUGUUUUGUGCGGGCUGUAAUGAAGAGUAUUUACUUUUUUCUGAUGCAAUUUACAGCACAGAAAUAUCAGGUCACAUCAUGCAAAUACACCGAAAAACCUCCAUUCUGUGUGUGCAACGGUAUCUUUGAAAUUGUCACUCACCUGUAAUAAACAUCAAAUGCUGCCGAGAUGUUCUGUUUCUCAGUGUAAUACAGUUUAACUCUGUGAAAGGUUGUUUCUGACUGGCACUAGGAAUCUUGGCAAGCUGAGGGCGGACUGCUGCAACAAUCAGAAACUGCGGUUUGCUAUCUGUCAGUCUCCCAAAUGCAUGCUGAUCUGUAUUCAAUAGAAUAUUUAGGAUUUCAAAGUCAUAAGGCUGCCUGACUUAAGAAGACACAAGGUGCUAUGUUCAUCCACAGUUGAAAGCCCUGCAGACAGAUUGUAGGUGUGUGCAUUGCAGAAGCACCACUGGGCAUUCUUAUUUGUGGGCAUGGAUCUAGGACUGGAGAGAACUGCACAGAUUUAGUACCUCCAGGAUAAACAUCUAAGCACAAGGCCCUCAAAGUAUUCUUUGACAUCUAUGACCAACAAAGAACAGAUGGUUUUUAAAUCUUCAUAUUACUUUGUGUUGUUAAGAACUUACAAAGAACUACACGAAACCCGUUAUUUUCACAAACAACCAAGCUGUUUUUCAUUCUUUUUACCAAAGAGUAAUGGAACAGGCAGGCAGGGAAAGGGGAAAUCCAUGUUACUCCAGAGAUGAAUACCUACACUGUAUAAACUUGGUCCCAUUACCUUUCCAGUACCUCCCCCCGCCCCUCUUCUUCCCCAAUAAUAAAUAAAGAGCCAGGAUGGUGUGCUUUAAGCUCGUAUGUGGCUUAUGUAUAUAAUAUGUGCUUUAUGGCAAAAACAGACACUGUGAUUGACUUGGUCCUGCUGGCAGCUACAUAAAGCUUUCCAGAAUUUUGAUACGGCAUAUUGCUAAGUGCGACAUAAUUUAUAGCACAUAACCUACAGCUUCCUCCAAGGUUGAGUGUUCCCUCAUUUCCUCUCCUUUUUAUUGGCUUCAGCACACUGUUGCCCAUAGCAACAGCACUGGCAGUGACGGGAAUGCAAAACCAUUGCAAACUGACAUACACUCGAGGCCCUAACAAUGUCAACCAUCCAUCACACAGCUAUUUGUAAUUGCCUCCAUCUAUUUCCCAUGUCUGGUGGUAUCUUUUCUAUUGUGGAUCAAAAUUCAGAAACUGCUGACUAAUGCUGUGGUUCUGAUACUCCCCAACCCUUUCACUCCUUUCCCCCGCCCUCUUCACCUCAUGACUAAUUUUGCUUUCAAACAUACUGAAGCAACUCCUUCAGAAUCAAGAGCCACUGACUUCUAAGCAUGAUUGCAAGAUCCAGAGCACCAUAGUUUUCCGGGUGAAGUUGGAGGUAGGUAGUUGUACUUGCCCAGUGAAACUCAGAUAUGGGUUACCAACCGUUCCACAUAUUAAGUGCUGAGCCUUCUUUUCUCUUUUGGAAUUCUAUUUAUCUAUCUAUCUAUCUAAUUUCUAUACCGCCCUUCCAAAAAUGGCUCAGGGUGGUUUACAAAGAGAAAUAACAAACAAAUAAGAUGGCUCCCUGUCCCCAAAGGGCUCACAAUCUAAAAAGAAACGUAAGAUAGACACCAGCAAGAGUCACUGGAGGUACUGUGCUGAGGUUGGAUUUAAUAGAAUAGAAUAGCUGAAUUUAAUAGUAAAAAGUCCUAUUUGUAUAAAGAACCCUAUACUUGAAUUUUAUAAACCUACUAAUCAAAUCCCCAUGUUGUACUAAGACUAUUCACACAAUCUACACAUUAUUGUAUGGUCACGGAUAUAUAUGUUAUUUGUAUGUAGGAAAUAAACCAUUAAAUUACACUGCAUAUCAUAUUAGAUCUGACACAUCACAGCUGUAUUUUCUGGUUACAUGAACACACAAUAGCGUCUAAAUAUGCAUAAUUGUGACAAGACAGACAAUGGCACAAUUUUCACCAUGUUCAUAUUAUCCCUAUACUCCCAUAGAAAAAAAUGUCAUAUGUGAGAAGCCAUAUUUACUGCAUUUCACAUGUAUUCAUUCUGGCACUAUUAAAUGUCACAGAAAAAGCAUGCAAAUUGCAGUGAGAGACUGGACAUACAAACAGAGGAAAAUAGUGGCUGCUUUGCAUGCGUUUUCUGAUAGGAAAGGUAAAGGCAAUAGAAGACCACAAUGCAGCACAGACAUAACAGUCUGAUGCUUAUCAGUAUGCCCAGUACUAUUAUUCAUAUGCAUUUGAAAACUGCAGCCAAGAAUGUCUGAUACAAAAGUAAAUUUGUAGAAUUUGGAAAUCAAUAGUUUAACAGCUCACAUGAAUAGUCCUGCUAUCCAUAUCUAUGUUAAGCAUGCUAGUGGCCCCACAAUAAAAUGAAAGACUCCUAACUUUGGAACUUGAAGAUUAAAUCAAUACUCACUGUUGUUGUAUUUCUUACCUAUCAAGCUUUUUUUUUUUUUUAACCUCGCCCUUCCUCCAAAAAGCUCUUGGCACAAACAGGGGAGUUCUCAUACUUUAGCUUUCACACAACUUUAUGAGGCAGAUUAGUGUGAAAGACAGUUUUUCUGUCCAAGGUCACCCAGUGAGUUUCAUUGACUAAAUCUGCAUUUGAACUCAGGACUUUUCCAUGCUCAACUAUAUCACACUAGCAUAUACAAAAAAUAAGUGAUGGGACCCUGCCUACCAAAGUUUGAUGAAAUGCAUAGAAGGAAGCUAAUCUUCCCUUUCCUCCCACAGUCCAAAUCUUCCUCACUAUGAAAAAAUAAAUUAACAUGUUUAUAGUAGCUGAAAAGGGUUCUAACCAAAGCAAUGAGAAGGACAUCUAAAAUCAGUUGUAAUACAAAGGUUGUGCAAUCCUGAAUGGUGCAUUAGAAAUGUCUUGUAUGUUUCAAUGAGUUUCACAAUUAGAUCAUAUUUUUAUUACUUCUUUUCUGAUUUGAUGUUUGAGGCUAUGGGCAUGUUAGACUUGCACCAAUCAACUGCGUGAGAAAUACUGUUAUAGACUGGCAAUCAAUAUGUGUGUCAUAAUAUACACAUGUAUAGCUAAUUUUUUAAAGGAUCUUGUGUACUGUAAAAAUGCAUAUGCUAUGGAAUUUGGAUUCGUAUGACAAUGUAUGUCUCUUUCUCUGCCCUUUAAUGCCAUUCACUCCAUUGGUUUGCCUUAGCUUCUUCAACUAUCCCAAUUCAACUUUUUUAACAGCAUGAUUUUGAAGUUGGUAGUUUGGGUUUAUUUUAUCUCAGUAAAUAAAUACCCCAAAUCAUUAAA